AUGCCGUACAAAACAGCAGCUGAUACUGAUGCGGACUUGUUAUCUGAGCGCAAAGCCGAAUAUUCUCAACUUAAACUUGCUUUGCAUCUUGCUCAAGCUGACCGACAGCAUUAUACCGAUGAAAUGCAAUCAGCAAUUUGUAAAAUGAAAAAAACUAUUGAAAAGCUGGAAUCUGAGCGGAAUGAACUGUUGGAACAAAUCUCAGCAGUUGAUAGCAAACUAAAUCAAGCAAAAGAUCAGCGAACCUGCGAAGAUUUGGCAAACCUUGCUGAAAAUAAGGACUGGUUACAGCAACAGAUUGCCCAGGAAAAAGCAAAGCAUAUCGAAUUAGAUGUGAAGACGCGGGAGCUGGAAAAGAACCUCUGGUCACUAAUUCACUCUGCCGGAAGCGCACAAAGCGCCCAGGAGGCCAUGGAUAAGCUACGCAAGAAACAAUUAGGCCUUGAGGGCCGUGUUGUACAUGCUCUAAAGGCGUACAAUAAUGCUCUUGGGAAAAAUAUGCGUAAUAAUAAAUUUGUCAAAACUGCCAUUGAUUUUAGGGAAGAAGCAUCUCAAAGGAUUCAAGCAUUGACAGAUAAAGCUGAGAAGGACAACCAGCAACAUAAUAUUGAGAUGAAAGAACUUGUUCGUCUUAUCGACCAUGAAAGAAAAAUAAAGCAAUUUAUGAAAGUAAAAGCCGCUGAACGUGAAGAAGACCCUCAACUUACUGCUUGGAAGGCAAAGAGGGCGAUGGAAGCAGAGGAGAAGCGUGUUAAAGUUGAACAAACAAUUCGUCGCUACGAGGAGGCCUUCGACAGAAUGCUCGUUCUUGCCAAAACGUCAACGACGGAUAAACUUGUGAGCAGCUUCCUCUACAAUGAGGACAGGAACUUCGCCUUGUUUAAUUAUGUCAGCGUGAUCCACGACGACAUCGAGAGGCUCAUCAUUGAAAACCUCGAAAUUACCAAAGAAAUAACAAAUUACCGAACGUGGAUGAACAAUGCAAUUGCAGAGAAACGUCAGAAGUUGGACGCCCUUGAAUCAGCAAAUAGGCAUGUUGAGAAGGCGACGGAGAAAACUCGUACCAAGCUGGAAAAGACGAAGCACCUUCUUCAGGAAACUGCUGUCAUGACUGGUGACUUGGCAGAAAAACUCCAGUGUGACACGACUGCACUUGAAAGUCGAUUGGCAGCCUUAAAAGAGGUAACCACAGAAACGGUUCUCGACUACUUGGAGUUGAUUGAAGGACGCAUCGAUAACUUGCUGCUUGUUCGUCAGUUCAUCGCAAAUAUUGACCCGGACGCUCCAUACAUUGCAAAACCCAUUUUGAUAGGUGGCAAUCUUCUCCCAGUUGAUUCAAUCCAACCUUUCAUUGAUCCACCCAGUUUCCCGAUAGACGUCGAAGAAAGUGAGUUAGGCGAUAAGAUUUGA